AUGCCACGAAAACCAGCCAUUGAUAAUCGCAUUUUAAAAGAGACCUUAAAAUCUUAUCCAGGCAUUUUUAAUGAUAAGGGAGAGUUAAAGUCAGCCUCUGAUCCUAUUUGGAGGGAAGUAUGUUCUCACUCCUCCUUCCAGAAAUAUACCUCUGAGGCAAAAGAAUCGGGCACGUCCCAGGGUAUAUUUAAACCAAAACAGAUUCAUGACUACAUAUUUCAAAAUAGGUAUGGUUUGCAGACUUUUUUGCGCAUGGAAUUUAGCAGCUUCUUACCUCAAUCAAAUGUUACUGAAAUCAUGGAAGAGCUGUGGUCUGACAGAAGCACAACUGAUGAAGACUCUUCUGAAGGUGUCUUUGUGCACACGCAAGGAAAUGAACCAACACUUCUAUGGCAAAUAUCAAUACCUUAUGAAAAAUAUUUAGAAAUUGAGCCAAAAACAGUGAUCUAUAAUGAGGGUAACUGCAAGAAGAGGCGCAAGGUGCUUAAACAAAACACAUGGACUGCUACAAUCGCAGAUGUGCUUUAUAAGCAGCAUGGAAUCCCAUGUGCUUUCUCCUUUAAGAGGAACAAAGUCCGUAUAGGUGAAGACAAAACAAGAAAAUUCAUAACUGCAAAUGGGCAUUGCACAGAGUGCAAAGCAGUAGUGCAUAUUUCUGCAGAACAGGAACCUGAUCUUGGUAACCCUUUAAUUCUUCAUGUUCGAGCCCCUGACACAAGACCCAUACCACAUUUAAAAAAAAAUCAGUUGAGAGGUGAGAAGAGAAGGAAACUUGGAGAAGAAAUGUUAAAAACAUUACCCUCCAAUUGGAGACGAGAAAAACUUGAUUCUGAAAUUACAUUUGGAGAAAAGGAGCCACCCAACAUGCCAUCAUUAAGAAUUUGUCAAGAUGCCAGACAGGAAGCUGUGGAUCGCAUGUUUGGUACACCUAAGUUGAAAGAUCCGGUUUUAUCACUCUCAGAUGAAAAGUACUCAUAA